AUGCCUGUUGCAAUUCUUGGUACACAAAUUACACUUUGGUGUUUUGAUGCACGAUAUAAUUGUAAAUUUAAAGUACCUAUCGGAGAUGGUAAUGACAUUGACGACCUCAAGGAAGCUAUUAAGGAGAAGAGACAACCACGCUAUGAUGCUUCUGCAUCUUACGAGUUUAAACUGUGGAGAGUUAACACGGAUCAAACUAUUUCCGAAGAAAUACUAAACGACGAAUUAGAGGAUUCAGCGAAAACAAUUAAAGAAACUUUUGAUGUUGUCCAAGGAGUUUCUAACUUGUGCUUUGCGUCACGGAAUCAAGAAAUAAAAGAAUUGAGAGCAAAGCUGACGGCGCUUCGUGUAAAACUUGGUUAUGAGCUUGGUUAUACACCUCCAGUCGAAGAACUUGAUCUUUUGGUUCCACUCUCGGAGACGAAAUUUAAACAGCUAAAGCACGAAAAAGAAUACAAGGAAACUGUUAAUCUUGGUCUUAAAGCAAACUCUCCUUCGACUAGUACCAAGCCUUCUAACUUCUUCUCAAAUCAACAAAAGAAUCCAAUCCUUAAUGGUCGACCACUUGAACUUACUGGUCCUCCUAUUACUAUUCACAAUAGAACCUUUGGUCAAUUCCUUGAAGACUUUAGGAAUACGAAUUUGGUAGUGCCUUCUGAUAUUAUGGAGUGGGUCGUAGAUAUUAUUUCCGCAGCAACAGAUAGAUACACCAUUGAAGACGAACGUAUGGAUACAAUGAGAGAAAUACUUUCAAAAAAAUUUGGCACCAUUUCAGUGAUUAGUUACGGAAGAAAAGGUUGUAAGAGCGAUGGAAUACUUACGACUAAAGUAGGCAUUCACAACGCUAUUAUGGGGAUAUUCGAAGGAAAGAAUGAAGUUGGAUCUGGUGGAACUGAUCCCAGUUUUUGUGUUUUCGGAGGUGUUUUCCUUAACAGGGUAGUAGUCAAGCCGCUAACAGAUUCCAUUUCUCUUACAAUUGACCUUCGAAAUAAAGACCAAAGGUUGGAAUUAAAUCAAACAGGACAGCAGUAUUUUCCUUAUCUUCGAAGUUUUCCAAUCAACGGAAAAACAGUCAAUUUCACCUACACCGAGAAGCUUGCAGUUGAUCACACAAGAACUAUCUGGAAAGCCAGUACAGAUAAUAAUAAAAUGAUUGUCGUGAAAUUUGUGACCGAAUACAAUAGAAAUGCACAUGAUAUCUGCCAUAGUAAAGGUUAUGCUCCGAAAUUGUUAUAUUGUAGUGCCAAUAAUGAAAUCCGAGCUCUUGGCGGAUAUAAGAUGAUUAUUAUGGAACAUGUCGGCACCUCGCUGGAUAAGAAAUUUGAUAAAAUCGAGAUUAUGCGUCAAAAUUCUAUUUAUGACGAUAUAAAAUUUGCUAUUAAUUUGCUACAUGAAAAUAACUAUGUGUUUGCAGAUCUUCGUCCUCCAAACAUUCUGGUGUAUAAUCAGCAUGGAACGCAAUGA